AUGAGAUACGCAAUUAUCCUGCCGGGCAUGGCCACCAUGGCCCUCGCAGCUCCUGUGCCAGCCGAGCAAGCUGGCCAGGCCGAGCAAGGCGCUCAGCAUUGGCCUUUCUGGUGGGGCGGUGCCGGCCGUGGUGCCGGCGGGUGGCUCGGAGCCCACUUGGACAUUCCCUUCCUUCACCAUGGAGGACUCGGAGGAUGGGGUCCAAAGCCCUACGGUUGGCGUCAAGGUGGACCGCAAGGUACGGACCUAGCACUUACAAUAUCUUCCAAGUCCACGUCGGUAUGACUAACUCUGGAUUUUAUAGGACAAGGCAUUGCUAGCCCUUUUGGCCAGCCUGGCGCGGGUCCCGGCGGUUAUGGCAAUGCCCAUGGUGGAUAUCCUUGGGCAGGACCAGGUGGUAAGUCUGAUGAUAUGAACCGAGACGCGACACGGCAGACUGACGCGAGACGCGUAGGUGCUCAGUCCUCUCCAGAGGGCCAGGAGGGCCAUCCAUUCGGUCCCCAGGGCGCCGACCAGCGUCCACAACAAUACGGUGCUGAGUCCUCGCCAGAGGGUCAGGAGGGCCGUCCAUUCGGCCCCCAGGGCGCCGACCAGCGUCCACAGGAAUACUCUCCUCAAGGAGGUACUGAGUCCUCUCCAGAGGGCCAGGAGGGUCGUCCAUUCCAGGAGGGUCGUCCAUUCCAGGACGGUCGUCCAUUCGGUCCCCAGGGCGCCGACCAGCGACCAAAUGAAUACUCUCAAGGACCAGGUGGUGAGUCUGUCUGCUACGAACUGAGUCACGACGCAAGCACUAACUUAAAAUGUUUAGGUGCUGAGUCCUCUCCAGAAGAGGGUCAGGAGGGCCACCCAUUCGGCCCCGAGGGCGCCGACCAGCGUCCACAACAAUACGGUGCUGAGUCCUCGCCAGAGGGUCAGGAGGGCCACCCAUUCGGCCCCGAGGGCGGCGACCAGCGACCAAAUGAAUACUCUCCCGAAGAACAGGGUGGUGGGUGUGUCUGCUAGAAAUUGAGCCACGACGCGAGAACUAACAUGACAUGCUUUAGGUGAUGAGUCCCCCGAAGGCCAGGACAACAACGACCAUGGAAUCCGUCCCGAAUCCGGCGAUCAGCAACCAAAUGGAGGUCCUUCUGAAGGACCCGGUGGUGAGUCUGUCUGCUACGACUUGCGUACGACACGAGAACUAACCUGACAUGCAUAGGUGCCGAGUCCUCUCCUGUAAGCGAGGAAGGAUUUGGAUCUGGACCUCGUCCACGUCCAUAUGGCCAGCAAAGUGAGUCGGAGAUUCCAUCCUGGAUAAAACUGUGACUGAUGAUUUCUUUAGACGGUGAUGAGAAUGGCGUCGCCAGUCCAUUCGGUCGGCCAGGUCAAUUCUCACCUCAAGAAGGUCAGCCAUUCGGUCGGCCAGGUCAAUUCUCACCUCAAGAAGGUCAGCCAUUCGGUCGUCCAGGUCAAUUCUCACCUCAAGGACAACAGUUCCCACCAUUCGGUCGGCCAGGUCAAUUCUCACCUGAAGGACAACGGUUCCCAAACAACAACCAAGGUGGUGUGCCAGGCCAGUUUAUUCCUCGACCUUUCCGCCCUGAUGAGAAUGGUGUCGCCAGUCCAUUCGGCCGGCCAGGCCAAUUCUCACCUCAGGGAGGUCAGCCAGGUCAAUUCUCACCUGAAGGACAACGGUUCCCAAACGACAACCAAGGUGGUGUGCACGGCCAGCCGAUUCCUCGACCUGAUUCAGUCGGAAGCGACUCGCAGUCGCCUCAAAGCUACGGCGGUGACCGGAACGAUGACCAGAACAAGGACAGCGGCAGCAAUGGUGUCGCCAGUCCGGUCGGUCAGUCAGGUCAGAACUCACCUCAGGGACAACAGCCAGGUCAGGUCUCGCCUCAGGAACAACAGCCGGGUCAGGUCUCGCCUCAGGGACAACAGCCUGGUCAGGUCUCGCCGCAGGGACAACAGCCUGGCUCGCCCGCCCGCUACGGCGACAACCAUAACACUGAUGAGGGUACCGAUGCCAGCCCAGUCACCCACGAUGGCUCGUCCGGCAGCUCGCCCAAUGAAGUGCCUCAGAGCCAGGGCGGCGAGCAGAACAAGCAAGGCGGUGGCGCCGUUGCAAGCCCAGACAUGAACGGUGGAUCCUCUAGCGGACCCGUACCCGCAGCCUACGGAAGCACCUCUCAAAACAAGCACCAGAAGCGAUCCGCUGGCCGUCAAGCUCACUCGGGUGCUUUCCGUCCAGCUUAA